AUGAUGACUAUGAGCUCUAUGUCGGACACUUUAGUCCCGACUGAUCCGUCCAAAUCGGCAUUUUUGGAGUUCGGCGGCCACGGUUACCCCGGACAUCAGCAGACUCCGGGAUUGUCUCACAACCAUUACUCAGUCCACGGCUUGCAUGCUGUCGGGCCCUCGCAGCAUGAAGGGCCCUUCUCCACCGGAGGACCUUACGGUCGCCCGCUGGGUUACCCACCUUACCACAGUCCGGUGACCGCGCACCAUCCCGGGACAUACUUGCCCUACCAGCAUGCGGGCCACGGAGGCGCACUUGGACACACAAGACUGGAGGAUUCCGAGCAUGAGAAGCCCACAGCGGUGAUCGAGAAUGGGGAGGUGAGGCUGAAUGGAAAAGGCAAGAAGAUAAGGAAGCCUCGGACCAUCUACUCCAGUUUGCAGCUCCAGGCACUCAACCAGCGGUUCCAGCAAACACAGUACCUCGCCCUCCCAGAGAGGGCCGACCUGGCAGCCAAACUGGGCCUCACUCAGACCCAGGUGAAAAUAUGGUUCCAAAACAAACGAUCCAAGUAUAAGAAAAUCAUGAAGAAUGGGCCCUGUGGACCUGAGGGAGACCACCUCGCUCCCCCAACACCUUCUUCUUCAUCUCCAUGCUCCCUGUGGGACAUCAAUAUGGCUGCCAAAGGUGCGCCAGUGCACUCAGGAGGAUACAUGAACAAUUUUGGACACUGGUACCCCGGACAUCAGCAGGACUCCAUGCCAAGGACUCAGAUGAUGUGA